GCGCUCACCAUCGGUCAAGGCCCUCUACGAGACGCCAUAGAGUACAGACCACAAGUCUUUGAAACCCUAGCCAUAUAUCAUCAUGACGGCACAUUAAACCCUCACAAAACGAAUUCAUAUAACGGGCCACCGAGACCAGAGCUGGAGGAGGCCUGGGAUAAUCUCAUGAAUAAUACCAACAUCCGAGUCACCCAAGACCAACUGGGAGAAGAGUUCGCAGCUCAGGAUAGCAUCGUCGAACUGAAUGACGGGAGUGGCUACUAUGUGACUGUAUCCGCUUACCAUGGACUUCACUGUGUUCAGAGGCUGCACCACUACAUCUACGCAGAGCAUUAUUAUCCCGGCAUUAGUGAAUUUGAGACGUUCAUGUUAAAACGACAUACAGGCGAUGCCCCCGGCCCUGUGGCGCCAGAUGAUGGCCACCGUCAAUGUGUGGUGUGGGAGAAAAUCGAGCAAUGGAUGGCAGAGCACUCUUUUGAUCCGCAUGAACCAGGCUUACUCGUUCAUCCAAUAUUUGGUGAGUUGGCUGCUGGUUGGAACAUGCAUGGGUACUAA